GAACCCGUCACCCUGGAAGCCCCGCGCCUGCAGCGCGUUCCCGGCGAGUCGGAGGCCGGGUGGGGCCCCUGCGUGGGAAGCAGCCGAGGCUGAGGCCGGUCCCUUAGCCGCGGGCUCUGCGGGCGGCCGAGGCCCCCACCUGUCCCGGGAACCGGUAAAGUGAACAGAGUUAUCUGUGACAUUCCAUCAGGCACCUAUAUAAGGAAAUCGUACUGUAAAAACUCGACAUGGCUUAUGGAUUGCCAAGAAAGAACACAGUGAAAACCAUUUUGCGGGGCCGUUGUUAUAAUGUACACGAACCUUGGGAUCUUGCACUGCUUACAAAGACCUGGUACACGAACCUAGCCAAUAUCAAUUUGCCUUUCUUGGAAGAAAUUUCAUUUGGUCGUUCUGUGCAGCUCACAAAAUGUAACCCUGUUAAAGAUGGACUGCUCCCUUCUGCAGAAUCCAUCAAACUUGAAAGGGAGUAUGAAGUGAAGCGUCUCUGUAAACUUAAAUGUCAAGAAAAUAUAUCUGAGGAAAUUCAGCUUCUUCUAAGGGAAAGGCCAGCCGGUUUGAGAAGACCUCUUCCAUCUAAAUGACAGUCAGCUCAUGACUAAAUCUGUACUCUGUCUCUUGCAUCCAAAGGGAUGAAGGUCUGUGGACCUUCCACUGUGUAAAGUUCGGGGCAGAUAUUUGAACGCCCACUGGCGGAUGGGCCACCGCCCACAGCUGUGGGUUAGUGGGCAGCUCUGACAGAUCUUCUGAGUCCCUGACAUACUCUUGUUCCCUGUAUCACAAGCGACUGUAAGUAGAUGAAAAUGCAUUUGGAGUUGAGUCUUUUGAGCUAUUCAUUUUAAUUUUUGUAAAAUUGCACUAAAAGGAGAGGAACCU